UCUUAUCGACUGAGCCCAAUUCGUCGUGAUGUGUCCAGUGAUCAUCUGAUCCACUUCGAAUUCAACCCAUCAAAGACAUAAACACCCCAAAAUCGAGGGACAGAGAUUGAAAAAUGGCCCAAUGUCAGCCCCUCAUAACUCGGCUGAUCGCCUCGUCCGUGACGGCGGCGGCUCAGGCAGGAAAAAUAAUUCGCGAUGUCAUGAACAAGGGCGAGUUGAACAUCGUGGAGAAGGGGAAGAACGACCUGCAGACGGAGGCGGACAGGUCCGCCCAGAACUGCAUCAUCGAGUCCCUCAGCAGGCAGUUCCCAGGGGUGACCAUCAUCGGGGAGGAGGGCUCCUCGAGGUGUGAGGUACCCCCUCACUGGAUUGUUACGGAUAUGGAUCAGGAGGUUCUCAAUGUCAAAUUGCCAGAGCACCUGGAGAAUGUCGCACCCAAGGAUGUCUGUGUCUGGGUGGACCCACUGGAUGGAACGUCUGAGUUUACCCAGGGUCUCCUGGACCACGUGACAGUCCUCGUGGGAGUGGCAGUAGGUAAAAAGGCAGUUGGUGGAGUGAUUCAUCAACCUUACUCAAAAAAUCCUCAAACAUCGUCGAUGGGGAGGACAUUGUGGGGUAUUGAUGGGGUUGGAGUGGGUGGGUUCAAGCCUGUGCCACCUCCACAGGGCAGGAGGAUCAUCACAACAACUAGAUCACAUUCCAACAAAACAGUUCAAGAAGCCCUGGACGCCAUGAGCCCUGAUGAAAUCCUGAGAGUCGGAGGCGCCGGCCACAAAGUGCUGCUCCUCCUCGAGGGAAAGGCCCACGCCUACGUAUUCGCCAGCCCUGGCUGCAAGAAAUGGGACACUUGUGCUCCCGAGGCCAUCCUCAGGGCUGCUGGGGGCACCCUCACCGACCUCAACGGGGACUUGUACCCUUACGAUCCCAAAGCCCCUCAUCCAAAUGCCAAAGGGGUCUUGGCUACUGCCCCAGGGGAGAAUCAUGCCUUCUACCUCAGCAAAAUUCCUGAUUCUGUUAAACAAGAGCUUUAGCGUAAUUUUUUAAAAGAAAAAUAUAAUUUUUUGCAAUGUUUUGUUUCUGAAUAAAUUUCAAGGAGAGAAUUUCUUCCUGUGAAUUUUAAUUAAUGGAGAUGUCAAUGAUAAUUAUUUUCUGUUAUUUUUUAAUGGAAAAUAUCAACUGAGUUGAAUAAAAUACUCUCAUUCAUUUGAUUUAUUUAUAUCGAGGGAGAUUUUUAAAUAAAUCUUGCUCGUCCCUAUGUACAUGAAAAACGUACGUGACUCAUCCCUCGAUGAUUUGUGGUGAAUUAUAAAAAAUUUGUAGAUUGAUAUAGUUCUUUAAUUAACGUUAGAAAAUAAAUAUAAACUCA